CCUGGGAGUCAUAGCAACGCGCGGGGAGGAAGAGGCGUCACUCCGGCAACAGUGGCCUAGUGAGAGACCAUAGCAACGGCUCCCAGAGAGCAGCGCGAGCCCCAGCCUGGACCCUGACCCAGAGACAGCGCUACAGCCACUGUCAGCGAUACAUCACCUCCCCACCCCGAGACACAGAGCCAGCAGCUACCCAGAUAUUCGCUACCAUGUUCAAAAACACUUUUCAGUCCGGGUUUCUCUCCAUCCUCUACAGUAUCGGCAGCAAGCCCCUCCAAAUCUGGGAUAAAAAGGUCCGAAAUGGGCAUAUAAAACGGAUAACAGAUAAUGACAUCCAGUCUUUAGUCCUGGAAGUGGAAGGAACUAACGUAAGCACUACAUACAUAACAUGUCCGGCAGAUCCCAAGAAGACUCUAGGAAUCAAGCUGCCUUUCCUGGUCAUGAUAAUUAAGAACCUGAAGAAAUAUUUCACCUUUGAAGUACAGGUCCUGGAUGAUAAGAAUGUGCGACGACGUUUCCGAGCCAGUAAUUAUCAGAGUACAACUCGUGUGAAGCCAUUUAUUUGUACCAUGCCAAUGCGUUUGGAUGAUGGUUGGAAUCAGAUCCAGUUCAACCUCUCUGACUUUACACGCAGAGCGUACGGAACAAACUACAUUGAGACCUUACGUGUCCAGAUUCAUGCAAACUGUCGGAUUCGGAGGGUUUAUUUCUCAGAUCGCCUUUAUUCAGAGGAUGAGCUUCCUGCCGAGUUCAAACUGUACCUCCCUGUACAGAACAAGGCAAAGCAAUGAAAAUCGUAGUCCAGCACUGGAGUCCUCCCUGCCGCCUGGGAUAGUGUUUUAUAAUAUAUAUAUAUAUUGGAAGAGCUCCCCCUCCUGUUUAUAAAUUAUGGAGAAUUCAAUCUUCAGACACUCUGGUACUCUCUGUUUUUGUAAUAAAUAAUCUUCCACCUGU